AUGUCCGCUAUCAACAGUGCGGGAGAUGCUUUCGAGGCUUACACCAAGGGCGAGUUCGAAACCUGCGGACAGUACUUGGAGCAGAUUCACAAUUUGAAGACGGCUGCAGACGUGAAGGUGACGCACAACAUCCUCAUUAACGACUACUUCAAAGCCGGUUGCGCAGACCCCCAGAACCUGCUCACUCUUCUGACCCAGGCAUACGACCGGGCAAGGGAAAAGGAGAAGAAGGACAAGGGCAAGCGGAAGAAAGAGGAGGAGGAUGAGGAUGGCAUCCGUGAAGAUGAUGAUCUCUAUGUGCUCCGGUACAACCAAGCGCUGUUGUGUGUUCAGCUGCGAUACUAUGUGCAGGCACGACAGAUUCUGGAGGAGCUCUUCGAGACCCUUGCACGAAGUACUCGCAUUUUGCAGGUGUGGGUUUAUUGUCCAGUCAUUGCAGCACCCAAGCCGUCGGUAAGAAGCCGGACACGUUGCGCCAGCGCGCUAAUCAAUCUCCUCACCGCCAUCACGUUUAAUCUGGCCUGGUGUGGUGGAAAUUCUGGAGAAGAGAAUGCGGCGAAGAGCAUUCGUUCAGAUUUGCAUGGGCAUGUCUCAAGCUGUGCAGACCUGAAGGCCCAUCCAGGCCAACGUCAAUAA